GGGCAAAGGCACUAAAAUUAAUCUCCCUCUGUCGUCUCCCUCCCCGGCAAAUUAGGGUUUUCAAUUCUUUCUUCAAACAUCAGUUCCCUUCACUUGCAACUUGUUCCUGAAUCCAAUGACUACUACUGUUUCCAAAGAUAUGCACGCUGGAUGUGUUAAGUUAUUUGUUGACAGAAUUUAGGUUUUUGUUUUGGUGAAUUUGUUUAGUUACACAGUGUAUAAUUGUAAUGUAUGAUGGGAAAGCUGUAUUCGAGAUUAUAAUUUGUAUGCUCUUAGUUGGCUCCUCUUGCAAGCUUUGUAGCACGUGAAAGCAAGCGUGACUUGUAGUUGUGGGGGCUGUAGAAAAUAGCUAAGACGGGGUCGCUGUGUUGUGUGGCUGCAAGGCCACAUGGGUCAAACACAACCAGUAGGGACUGGUCUAUGGGUCCGCAUGAGCCUUAUUGGCAAACUAAUUCGAGUUUCUCACCACCUCCAUCGCGAUGGGAUUUUCAUUUUCAAUCUGAAGGUGAAGGGCUGCCAUAUGGUUCACAUGACCAUAUUCGGUUGUGUGGAUCAUCUACAUCAUCAAAGAGUAAAGAAAGCAAGAACUGGGUGAGAGGCAAUCAGCUUUAUCGUCAUCAAUAUUCAGCAUCUGAUAGUGCUGGGCUAUUUUUAAGUAGCCCUUCUGACCUUUCACAGGCUCCUCAGUGGACUCCUCCAACAAUACAGGAAAUCAGCAUUGAUAAUUAUGAAGCUCCAGCAAGGAGAGAUCCAGUUCUUAGGCAAUGUUCUUUUACACCCACCAUUGAGGGAAUGUCAGCAAAUGCAGAUAGCAGAGGCUCCACAUCAUCUCACUCAGACAGUAGUGAGUCUGAGCCGAAAGCCAAGUCAUGUGUAUCCUCCCAUCGCAACUUUUCAAGUCGUCUUUCCUUUAUGUCCAAACCUGUUUACCCCUUGUCCUUUCUGGCCCAACCUUCUGUUAGAGAAACUACUAACUCUGCAGCUACCCUGUUUCUAGACUAUGAUGCUUCCACUCCACAAAGGGAGGCCCCUCGUUGGAGUAGUGCCAGUAGCAGCACAGACUUUGCUGAUAUUUCAGAGCCGAUUGAGUCUGAAAGUUAUGGUCGAUCACAUAUUCCAUCAGAUGGUUUCAAAUGUGGAUUGUGUGAACGAUUUCUCUCACAAAGAUCACCUUGGAGUUCUCGUAGGAUUGUGAGAAGUGGAGACAUGCCAGUUGUUGGGGUUCUUUCAUGUUGUCAUGUUUUCCAUGCAGAAUGCUUGGAGCAGGCAACACCUAAGACACAUAGAGGUGACCCUCCUUGCCCGCUUUGUGUCAGAUUGCAAGAGGAAAACUCCCCUGAUCAACAAGUUUUUUCAAGGCUUAAAAAUGGUUUUUCAAGGCCUAGACCGUCCUUUGAGGAUGGGCAGUCAAGGCCUUGGGGCUGUGGACAGGUAGGAGAAUGUGUUGAAAGGGCUUUGCUUGUACCUCCACGUAAUAAUACUAUGUUGUUGCUUAACCGAAGUCACAUUAAGAAGAACCUUUCUUUGAAGGGCAAUUCAAGUAAAGAAUUUCCAGGUAAGCUGAGGAAAACUGGCUCAUACUCUUCACAGUUGUUCAGUGGAAAGUCAGUUGACCAGGGAACAGUAGGUUGUUCAAAGACAACAGCAGGCCCUAGUAUGAAAAGAUGAUACUAAUCCUGUAGAUGAUUAGGAAAGUCAAAUUGGUUCUCUUAGCGAUGAUUUUUCUACCUCCGGUUUGUUGUGUUUAAGUUCUUCAUUGGGCAAAUAGAUUUCUGGUGAAUGAGAUUGGA